GCCAUUUCGUUGUAUCAUCGAGGAAGGACCUCUCUGCAGUACUCCUGUUAAACUUCCCUUCUAACUCUCUCUUUUUCUCUCUCUUGAUUCCUUCCUUUUGAUUUGUCUGUAAAUUUUCCUUCAUUUGAAGCUUUCAAAAUCAUCCAAGAGCUUGAGGUUUUCUUCGUUUUGGUUGGUUAAUCGAUCUAAGAUGCUCGGUUCUUUGACGAGUUUUGAGGCAUUGAAAUUGUUUACAGAGACUUGAUGAUAAUCGAAGAGGGAAAUUUGAAUCUGAGCUUUGUUUCGUUGGCCGAUUCUGUAAUUCUUUUUUCUUAACUCGGAGUUGAUUUCCGGAGAGGCGCGAGGGGGGAAGACUUCGAGUUUUGGAGUUAAUAUCCAAGCGAUUUCAGUGGUUCGGUAAGGGUCUUCUGAGAGAUUGUAACCUUCUUUGAAAGUGGAAGAAGAAUUGGAGUGACAAAAAUGCAAUCGAUUAUUGGAGCCUGGGAUUUAGAUUUACAUUUUGCUUGUUUUCUGCGGUGAAAGAAGCAGAUUUCUGUUCUUCGUGAGAGCUGAUUCUUGGGGGGGAGGGGAAUCCAGAUCAGAAAUUUCUGGUACUAAUUGUUUAUUCAUCAUCUAGGUGGAUUUUGCAGCCUCUGUUCCUUCUGUUCUGAUUGUUUCCGUCCGAAAUUUCAGGUGGUGUACAAUAAUAUAUAUUAUAAAAAAAAAAAGCAUAUGGAGAAGGAUCAUCUCAGAAUCAAUAGCCAUGGCAGUUUCGUUAGUAAUAAUCUCAAUGGUAGGGAUAGAACGGCCGUGGAUAGUUCGCUGUUGUUGCGAGCGAGAUCUGAGGCCGCUGCCGCCGCCGUUGCGACCAGGCCACAACCCACACCAUCAGAGUUCGUCUUACAAUGGGGAAACGGGAAGCGUCUCCGGUGUAUGAAAGUCCAGGUCAAGGCCAGGGACGUUUCCGCCGCCGCCGCACCGGUUCACAAAACCACUGUCCGAGUCGAUCGGCGGGUCGUUAGAGCCGAUAGAGACUCGAUUAUAAGACAGAACCACCAGCCGAGUCCCAUUCAUAACUCUAACCACAGUAAUGGGCACUUGAAUCUUCGUCAACGGCCGAUUUCUCCUCAACCGCCAACUCUACCGCCGCCGCCGCCUGCUCCUUCUCAGCGUAUUCUUAGGAACUCUGAGAUUUCCGGUGUGAUGAAAGGGCAAUCCAACGGCGGUGUCAGAGCAAUCACUUCACCGGACAGGGUGGCGCCGGAAAAGAGACCGCCGUCUAAUCACGACAACCACCACCCCCACCAUAAAUCCGCCGCUACAUCAGACACCAAAAAGGGUGGGUCGUCUUCCGGCAGCGGAGAAGCCCUAGCGCCACCGUCGCAAGGGCAGCCGGCGUGGCCGCCGAAGUUCGUAAUAGCUCUAACGAACAAAGAGAAGGAAGAAGAUUUCAUGGCGAUCAAAGGGUCAAAACUGCCUCAGAGACCCAAAAAACGAGCCAAACUUAUUCAACGCACCAUCAAUCUGGUGAGCCCAGGGACGUGGCUGUGUGAUCUAACGCUAGAGAGAUACGAAGUUAGGGAGAAGAAGAUUUCUAAAAAGAGACCAAGAGGGCUGAAGGCAAUAGUGAACAUGGAGUCGGAUUCGGAGUGAGAAAGGGAGAGUUUAUCAUAUGAACAGAAUCAACAGUGUUUUGUCAAAUGAUUCGUGGAGAAGAGGGGAAGUUUAUGUGAAUUAUAUCAUAUAUUAAAAUAUAUAUAUAUAUAUGAAUAUUAGACUU